AUCACCGCACGGCGCCGGGCAGAGACAGAGCAGAGCUCAGGACCGGAGAGAGAGAGGGUGGUGGAGAUGGCGUACAGCUCAUCGUCCCGUCCGUUCCCGAUGCCGCGGCUCUCACUCGCCCUCCUCCUCCCCGUCGUCCUCCUGCUGCGCGGCGACGACGGCGUCCGCGUUGUCGAGGCCAGGCCGCCGCCGCCGCUCCACGGCGUGCGCCCGCUCGCCUUUGACGAGGGGUACACCCAGAUCUUCGGCAGCGGCAACCUCGCCCUCCUCCGCGACGGCAGGCGCGUUCACCUCUCCCUCGACGACUCCACCGGCGCCGGGUUUGCGUCGCAGGACCUGUUCCUCCACGGCUUCUUCAGCGCCGCCAUCAAGCUCCCCGCCGACUACGCUGCCGGCGUCGUCGUCGCCUUCUACCUGUCGAACGGGGACGUGCACGAGAAGACGCACGACGAGCUGGACUUCGAGUUCCUGGGCAACGUCCGGGGUCGCGAGUGGCGGGUGCAGACCAAUGUGUACGGCAACGGCAGCACCCACGCCGGCCGGGAGGAGCGCUACGACCUUCCCUUCGACCCCACCGACGACUUCCACCACUACUCCAUCCUCUGGACCAGCGAGCGCAUCAUAUUCUACGUGGACGAGACUCCGAUCAGGGAGGUUGUGCGGACGGCGGCCAUGGGCGCAGUCUUCCCGUCCAAGCCGAUGUCCCUCUACGCCACCAUCUGGGACGGCUCUGCCUGGGCCACGCUCGGCGGCCGGUACCGGGUCAACUACAAGUACGCGCCGUUCGUCGCCGAGUUCAGCGACCUCGUCCUCCAGGGCUGCGCCGUCGACCCCACUGACCACUCCGCCGCCGCCACGGCCUGCGACGCUGUGGAGACGAGCUACGGCUCGGUCGCCAUGUCCGCCGAGCAGCGCGCGGCCAUGGCGGCGUUCCGGCGCGGCCACACAUCCUACUCCUACUGCCACGACCGGCGGCGGUACCCGGCCCCCCUGUCGGAGUGCGACGCCGACGGAGGCCUCCUCCCCGGCCGCCUGUUCGGCCCCGACGGGAUGAAGCAGCACCGGCGCCACCGUAGCGCGGCGCACGGCCACCGCGCCCAGGACGACGUCAUGUGAUCCCGACCCCGCUGGCGCCGGCAACGGACCGAUCCUAGACUGUAUAAAGGCGAGCAGCAGGACCCUGUGGGGAUUUCACGCCAUCGUCACGGCGCCGGGCUUCCACCGUUCGCUGGUACGACUCAGGCGCGCGGCCUGCACGCGUUGUCCCCUGCCUGCCUUGUACUGCGCUGCCCCAUUCGCCAUGGGAGUAGUAGCUCUCUCGCGUUUAUUGCCGUGCCAAUGCCAGCCAUUGAUCAAGAAACAAGUUACAUUGCUUC